AUGGCGACCCCCAGUCGCCACGACGAUGCCAUCUCAGCCAUGCUCAACCUUGCGGACCCAGCAAAGCCUUGGAACGACGUCGCCUCUCCGACGUCUCCCUCCGCGGCGGCCAGCGACAAGACCGCGAAGACGCCUCGCAAAAAGUCUCCAGCUGCGGAAAACGGCCCAGCCGUCCAAAAAUCGCCAUCACCCGAAGAUGCCCCUCCAGCAGCAGAACCCACCCCAACCCCCCGCCCCCACUACGACCCCAACGCCAUCGGCUUCCAACCCGCUCCCUUCGCUCCACCCUCCUCCCCCUUCACCCCGGACACCAACCUCGAACUAAUCCGGCACCGCUUCGAGCACCGCCCGAACCGCCCCCGCGUCUCCACGUCCUUCUACCAGGAAAUCUACGACGAAUUCGGCGACAUCGGCGACCGGGACGAGUAUCCCGAGUACCCGCGUACGCCUACCCCUACCACCCCACAAUUCAGGGAGGUGUUGGAUGGGUAUUGGGAGAUUCCGGAGCAGGAUAGGGAUGGAUUGGCGGAGCUGGCGCUGCCGACGGGGGGAGGGGAUGAGGGGGCGAUUGGAAGGUUGCAGGGGCGGUUGGAGGGGUAUACGGAGAUGACGGGGGAGGAGGUGGGGAGGUUGGUGGGGAUGGCAGAAGUUAUUGCGCGGAAACGGGUUGAGAGGCGGGAGAAAGCUGAGCGGGAUGCUGCGAGAGCUGAGCAGGAGACGCGGGAGGCGGAGGAGAAGGACGCUAAGAGGGUUGAAGAGGAGAACCGGGCGGCGGAGGAGGGGAAGAAGAAAGGGGAGAUGCUGGCCACGACGAAGAAGCCGCAAGACAUCAACCUCGAAGCCCAAGUAUUGAAGCUCCGCAAAACUCAGCAGGAAGCGCUGAGCCAGGCGAUGAGCUACCGCGUGCACGCCACCCUCCUGCCCGCUAAACGGGUGCUGAAGGGUGAAGGCGAGAUGCUAACCGCCGAGCACGCGCAGACAGCCCUGCUGUACGCUUACGAAGCUUUGCGAAUCGCGAGGUCGUUCGUUACGCCCAAGCUGGCGGAUGAUGGCGAGGAAGCUGCGGAUACCCCUCUCGCGGGCUGUGCGGCGAACGACGAGGUGCUGGAGAAAGCGGCCGUAGCGCUGCAAGGGCGGUGCGCGUAUUACGUCGGCGUCGCUGAGUUUGUGCUCUGGAAGACGGGGGAGGGGAGCGAGUUGGCGAUGGGGAAGGAGAGGGAUGUGGUGUUGGGGUAUUUUGAGCUGGCGUUGCGGGCGGCGGAUGGUGGAUACCACGAGGGGAAACAGGCAGAGGAGUGGGUGAAGUUUCUGGAGAGUGGGGAGGACUCUGAUGUGGAGGAUGAUGUGGUGCAGAAGGAGAAGGGAGAGGGCAGUUGGAGUGGUUGGUUGGCGGAGAAGGUGCUUAGGCGGUUCUCGACGCGGUCGGCGGCAUCUGAGGAGGUCGCAUCAGAGGAUGAUCGUCUCCAAGGCAGGAAAACGAAGGGCAAAGAAGCAGUCAAAGACGCUGAGCCGUCGCGCGGAAGAGCACGACGCAGAAAGUCCUCGGAAGCUGGGCCUUCACAUCUCAACCGGUGGCGGACAUUGGCCGAUAUCCCUAGCGGCUCAUCCGGCUCCAGCUUCGCUGACGGCUAUGCCUCUCCCUCAUCGGAAGACGAAGACGGCGCGGAUUUCCUUGACGACAAUGCUGCGGAUGUCGCGACCCCAGAGACCUCAUCCCGAUUAUCUGACCUCAACCUGCGCUCCUACACCGACGACGACGAGAACCCCGGCCUACCUCCACCUGUCACGUCACCUCAAUUGCGAGCGAAGUCGAUCGUGAUCAAAGUCCCAACGUCACCUACCAGCGCCACGUCCUCGCCGAAGUCAGAUUCGAUCUAUGACCGCCGCCAUAGCAGGAAGUCGUCGAUAUUGGCGAGUUGUGCCAAGGUGACUGGACGGGAGAAGCAUCGGUCGGAGUUGGAGGAGGCGGAGGAGGGUGAGAGUCCGUUUAGAGAUCGGUUCCAGAAUGAGGAGAAGCGGCCUGGUGGGUUGACGAAGAGGCGGGUGAGCCAGGGUCGGCCGGAGGAUAUGGUUUGA